AUGUAUAAACAGAAUGAUUAUUUUACUACAGAGUACGUUGAUAUAGAAGAUUACACUAAGGAUAUCAAGGAUAAAAAUAUUGUUUUAAAAAACAUAACAUUUCGUGUUCGCUCGGGAGAAAAGAUAGGAAUUGUUGGGAGAACAGGAGCAGGAAAAAGUUCAUUAAUUGCUUCGUUAUUUCGCAUGACAGAGCCAACGGGAACAAUCACCAUCGAUGGAGUUGACACUAAGGAAAUAGGUCUUCGUGAUCUACGUAGUAAAAUAUCAAUCAUUCCUCAAGAUCCUAUGUUAUUUACCGGUCCUCUUCGAAGAAACAUCGAUCCUUUCAAUGAAUAUUCAGAAGAAAUGCUGUGGCAAGCCAUAGAACAGGUACAAUUAAAAGAAGUCAUCAAUAAAUUACCUGGGGGAUUGGAUACACAUUUAUCAGAAGGAGGACGAAAUUUCAGCGUGGGAGAAAGACAGUUAAUUUGUCUCGCCAGAACGAUUCUUCGUAAGAAUAAAAUUCUUGUCAUGGACGAAGCAACGUCCAAUAUUGACAAAAGUACUGAUUCCCGUAUUCAAAAAGUAAUUCGAGAGAAAUUCAAAUCGUGUACAGUGCUGACCAUAGCCCAUAGAUUACAUACAGUUAUCGAUUCGGAUAGAGUUUUGGUUUUAGAUACAGGGAAACUAGAAGAAUUCGACUCGCCGUAUGCCUUACUAAAGAACGUAAAUGGUAUAUUUUAUAAUUUGGUAAAGAACACAGGAGUGGCUUCAGUGAAUGAGUUAUACAAAAUUGCCAAAAAUAAAUAUUAUGUUAAAGAAAGUAUGGAAGAAACAAAAUUAUAAAAAAUUGGAUCGUCUUCAAUAUAAAUCAAUCUUUAUUAGAUUUGUGUUAUUAUUUUUUUUUUAAAUUCUGUAUUUAAAAAUAUUUCUUUCUACGGAAAUAUUUCUUUCAUGGGAAAUAGCAUCCCAUAAAUAGGACAUAAAAUUGUUAAUAUCUAAUAGUACUUGUAACUUCUGUUAAAUUUAUACCGGAUGUAUUAAUCAGGAAAACUAACUACAUAUACAUGACAUAAUUGCUUAUUUUGUCUUAUUGCCCAUCAUACAAGCUAUUUGUUAUUUUAAUUUACUUGGCACGAGAUUGCUCUAAUAAUUGCAGUUGUUACGAUGACAGGAGUCUCCAGACAACCAAUGAGAGAAGAUGAAGCCCUCGACCCAUAACAGCAGACUAAAUAGUUUGGUAUUACUAGUUUAUUUGUUUUUUUUUUUUAUAGAAAUGCAUCUAUCUCUGUUUCUUCUAUAUUAUCUGACAUUUAUUCAAAAUAUC